AUGGGACUCGCUGCCCCUCGAAAGAAAACCAAAAUUUCCAAUGAUCCCAAUAACACACAAUGGGCCCGAGCCACAACGGGCUUCGGCCAUCGAAUCAUGAGCUCUCAAGGCUGGACCCCAGGUGGUCGCCUCGGAGCUCGGGAUGCCGCGCAUGCCGAUCUGUUGACCGCCGCUAGCCACUCCCAUAUCAAAGUGACGAUUAAAGAUGAUACUUUGGGACUGGGCGCCCGUGUUGGGCGGGGAGACGAACCUACCGGAUUAGAUGCCUUCAAAGGAUUACUUGGUCGAUUAAAUGGCAAGUCCGAUGGCGAACUGAAGCAGGAACAGCGCAAGAGAGACGAUGUGAAACUGGCCCGAUAUGUCGCCCUGAAGUUCCAGGAAGUUCGCUUUGUCCGCGGUGGACUUUUGGUUCAGGAGAAGGUCGAAGCCCUACCUACUUCGAAGCCCCAAGAGAACCAGAAGGACCAACAAUCAAACGGAAAUGAUCAACUAUCCAACGACGAGGACGCUUCAUCUAGCGACUCAUCAACCGCGGCCCGAAAAUCCUCCAAGUCCAAAUCCAAGUCCAAAUCCAAAUCCAAGUCCAAGUCCAAGUCCAAAUCUUCGAAGAAGUCUCGCUCAAGCACCACCGAUGAUGAUGAUGAUAAUGAUGAUGAUGAUGAAGAUUCUUCCUCCAAGUCCGAAUCCAAGAAGAGAAAGAAAUCCAAGAAGAGAAAGGCGGAUACAGAUGAGAACACGCCCACAGAACAGACCGAUAAGUCACCUCAGGAACAGUCACAGGCUCCUGAGACUAUCCCAGAAACGACAACAGUUACAAGGGAGCGGCGACCAAUGGCUCGGCAGGCAUUCCGAAGCCGACAUAUUGCACAGAAAAAAAGAGCGCUUAUGGAUGAUAAAUCUCUCAAUGAGGUAAGCUUUACCCCGAUCACAAUUCCUUAA